UCUUUUUCUCUCUCUCUAUCUCUAUCUCUCUAGAAAACUCGUUCCUACCGCGUUAAUAAAUACUUUCCACUCUCCCAUAUCUCAUUUCUUCCCACAAUAUUCCCAACACAAUCUUCAAACCCCACAUCACAACACAACCAUAAACAUAAACAAAAACAUGAAACUUGUUUGGUCCCCUGAAACAGCAUCUAAAGCAUACAUCGACACUGUACAAUCGUGUAAGGUUUUACGAGGAUCAGGCGUGGCGGAGCUUAUUUCAGCCAUGGCGGCAGGAUGGAACGCGAAGGUGAUAGUAGAAACAUGGUCAGAGGGAGGUGCAAUUGAAACAAGCAUAGGUUUAGCGAUAGCAAGAAAACACACGAGUGGGAGACACGUCUGCAUAGUCCCAAACGAGAGAUCAAGAUUAGAAUAUUCGGUUAGAAUGGGAGAAACGGGAGCUUCAACGGAAAUCAUCGUCGGAGAAGCAGAAGAAGUGAUGGAAAGGUUCGUUGAAGAGAUAGAUUUCAUGGUGGUGGAUUGUAAUGGAAGUGACGAUUUCUCGAGGGUUUUGAAGGUGGCGAAGUUGAGUGUGAAAGGAGCGGUGUUGGUUUGUAAGAAUGCGAAUUUGAGAGGUGGUGGUUUCAAAUGGGAGAAUGUUGUUGGAGAAGAAGGAGGAGCACGAUCACGACGGGUUGUUAGAUCGGUGUUUCUUCCGGUAGGGAAAGGACUUGAUAUGGCACAUGUUUCGGCGGUUGGGGGUAAUUUGGGAAAAGAUGGGCGUGGUCGGAGUGGGAAGAGAUGGAUUAGGCAUGUUGAUCAACGGUCAGGAGAGAUGCAUGUUAUUAGACGAUAAAUGAAUGAGUUAAUUGAUUAAUUGAUUAACUGAUUAAUUUGUCUUUAGUAGUUAUUUUUGGAUAGUUUUGUUAUGAUAAGGUUUUGCUUUUUGUGAAUAUAUUGACAAAUACUAUAUGUUUGUUGUAUGUAUACAUCAUUCCAUUUUAAUAUUGUUAUCACUUUUAAGUGUGUUUUAACACGUUUAUGAUAAA